GGCAGGAAGGAAGGCUAGGCAUUGAAUGCUAACAAGGGGAGUUCAUGUUGGAACUGCUCUAGAUGGUGGGUGGUUUAACAUCAAGCUAUGGAGAAAUACCAUUAACCUGGUAUGUGCCAGCGCGAUAUUCACGUUGAUCGUCAUCAUCAUUACCAUCAUCCUCAUCUGCACAGCCGUCUUAAUCUUUUCCGUUGAGUGAAAUGUAUCGGGACUGCUCGGGAUCCGAAUUCUGACAAUGGAGAUUGAAAAUAUCGUGGCCAACACUGUGCUGCUGAAGGCAAGAGAAGGUGGUGGAGGGAAGAGGAAUGGCCGGAGCAAGAAAUGGAAGGAGAUGCUGAAGCUGCCACACAUCAGCGUGUGUGAGGAACUGCGGGGCACCAUCGAAAGGGAUUACAGUAGCCUGUGUGAGAAGCAGCCAAUAGGACGACUGCUCUUCCGCCAGUACUGCGACACCCGGCUGGAGCUGAAGCGCUGCAUCGAGUUCCACGAUGCCGUGGCGCUCUAUCAGUUAGCCCCGGACGAGAAGAGAAGAGACUGCGGCUUGAAUGUUUUAGACACAUACUUUAAUAAUGGGUCUGCGGCCCAUCUUCCAGAAAUACCUCAGGACGUGGUGGCGGCGUGCAGGGGCCGGCUCGAGGAGAGCCCCUGCAAGGAGCUCUUCGAGGACUGUACUAGAAUUGUCCGUGAAUAUCUCAGUGGAGCACCGUUCUCCGCCUAUCAGGAGUCCAUCUAUUUCUCCCGCUUCCUGCAGUGGAAGUGGCUGGAGAGGCAACCCGUAACCAAAAAUACCUUCAGACAUUACAGAGUACUAGGAAAAGGUGGAUUUGGUGAGGUGUGUGCCUGCCAAGUGCGAGCCACUGGUAAGAUGUACGCCUGUAAAAAGCUGGAAAAGAAACGCGUGAAGAAAAGAAAAGGUGAAGCCAUGGCAUUAAACGAAAAGCGCAUUUUAGAAAAAGUUAACAGUAGUUUUGUAGUUAGUUUAGCGUAUGCCUAUGAAACCAAGGAUGCUCUUUGUCUAGUUUUGACCAUAAUGAACGGCGGCGAUCUGAAGUUCCAUAUCUAUAACAUGGGCAACUCGGGCUUCGACGAGCAGCGCGCCAUCUUCUACGCCGCCGAGAUCGCCUGCGGCCUGGAGGAUCUUCACCGGGAGAGGAUCAUCUACAGAGAUUUGAAGCCUGAGAAUAUCCUACUAGAUGACCGUGGGCACAUUCGGAUCUCUGACCUCGGGCUGGCGGUCCAGAUUCCAGAGGCCGAGACGAUAAGGGGGAGAGUCGGCACCGUGGGCUACAUGGCCCCAGAGGUGAUCCAGAAUGAGAGCUACACCUUCAGCCCGGACUGGUGGGGGCUGGGCUGCCUGAUCUUCGAGAUGAUCCAGGGCCAGUCGCCGUUCCGUCGCCGCAAGGAGCGGGUGAAGCGCGAGGAGGUGGACCGCCGGGUGCGCGAGGACCAGGAGGAGUACUCGGACAAGUUCUCCGAGGAGUCCAAGGACAUCUGCCGAAAGCUGCUUGCAAAGGACCCCAAGGAGCGUCUGGGUUCCCAGGGUGGAGGAACAGAGGUGAAGCAGCAUGCCAUUUUCAGGAACAUCAACUUCAAGAGGCUGGAGGCCAACAUACUGGACCCUCCCUUCUGCCCUGAUCCCAGAGCAGUCUAUUGCAAGGAUGUCCUGGAUAUUGAACAGUUCUCCACUGUCAAAGGCGUCAACCUUGACCCCACGGACGAUGACUUCUAUCACAAGUUUGUCACGGGGAGUGUCUCCAUCCCCUGGCAGAAUGAGAUGAUUGAGAUGGAAUGCUUCAAGGAGAUCAACGUGUAUGAAACGGACGGCGUCCUGUGCUCAGACCUGGACGUGAACAGGCCCAACCCGCCGCCCAAGCGAGGCUUCUUCUACCGCCUGUUCAGAAGAGAGGCAAGUGCUAGCGCCGCGUCGGCCACCGUGCGUGGGGGAGGGGGUUAAGGUGUGCUUUAAGAGCGGAUACAGUGAAGAGGACGAGGAGCCCUCACGUCUUUAAACCACUCCUUUGCCCUAGCUCCACCCCCCCAUUGGUCAGCUGCCAGUCAGAACGCAGAUCUUACAAAC